AUGUCAAUAAAUCCGAGAUUAAAAUUAUUUAGAAUAGGAACUUUCUCACAACAACAACAAGAACAACCACAGUCACAACAAAAUUUUAAUAAUGAUCUACAGAAAUUGAAAACCAAGAAAUCAAGAUUAAGUAAUAAAGGUUCAAACAAAUUUGAAGCUACAUCAAGUAUAUUAUCAGAUUAUGAUGAUUUAGAAAUUAUAGAUGGUGAAGAUGAUGAUCAAUCGCUGUAUGUUUUAUUUAAUCCAAAAUUAAGCAGUAAAACUAAGAAUGAAUCAGACAUUUUAUCAUUAACUAAUACAUCAAAAGAAGAUGAAGUGGAAGAAGGACGCGUAAAUGAAGAAGAAGAAGAAGAAGACGAAGAUACAGAACAAGAAGAUAAUGACCUUGAAGAAGAAUUGGAAGAAGAAAAUCAUUUAAAACGCAAAAUUGAAUCAAAUUCAUAUAAUAAAUUAUCAAAUAAAAUAAAUAGCUGGCAUCAUUCAAAUUUAUAUUCAUCAACCCAACAAAUAGAUGAAAAUAUAGCAAGUUGGAAUUUAGAUUAUGAUGAAAUAGAAACAACUCAAAAAGAAAUUGCAAGUAUAGAAACUGAAUCUAAUUAUUAUCAAAAUUUACAACAACUGCAACAACUGCAAAAAUUAUCAAAUUCAAAUCAACUGUUGGAAGAAAGUAAGAAAUUAUUAAAAGAAUUUUAUGGUGAUGAUUUAUUUAAAUAUUUAAAAGAUGAUGAUAUAUUAGAAGUUAAAAAUUAUUUAAAAAAAUUAAACAUUAAAGAAUCUUUAAAUAAAAAUCAAGAUGAUCAACUCAAGAAUCAAACAUUACUACAACAAAUAAUUUACAAAUUAAUUUACUUGAAUCAACCAGAUAUGGAAAAUAAAAAUAUAAGUAAUGAUAGUAAAUUAUUAAUGGGGUCAACUGAUUAUAUUAAUUAUUUAACAAAAGAUAUUCAAUCUCAAUAUCAUAAUUUACAUCAAUAUCAUUCUAAUUAUUUUGUUGAACCUACUAAUACUUUUUCAGAAAUUUCAGGUGGAGGUGGAUCUUCUAUUGUUUGUGGAGGCGCUUCUUGGAAUGAAUUAUAA